AUACAAUCCAUAAUUGAAAUGUUAAUCAUGACCUUUAAAUGUAAUUUAUGUCCGACGGGCAAUUUGUAAAACAUUAACAAAUUACCAUGGAAACAAAAGGUAGCCUCAAAUUGAAUUGGAUAUUGACACGUUACUGUACUACAGAUGGUUGUGUAAAGUCUGUUUACUUUUCUCUCUCGUUCUGUCUCUUCACACAUCUUUCAACUGUCACCUUAAUUAAGCAAAAUGGUAGACGAUGCUACCCGUAAAACAUUAAGUAGUAUACCUUUAUUAAGGACUAAAGCAGGUCCCAGGGAUAAAGAAUUGUGGCCACAACGACUCAAGGAGGAACUUCAAGCUUUAAUAGAGUACGUCAAACAAGUUCGCCAAAAUGAGAAUGAUUGGUUCCGAUUAGAGCAUAACAAAGACGGUACCAAAUGGUUUGGUAAAUGUUGGUAUAUCCAUGAACUCCUCAAAUAUGAAUUUGAAAUUGAAUUUGAUAUACCAGUCACUUACCCAACUACUGCCCCUGAAAUAGCCAUCCCCGAAUUAGAUGGGAAAACGUCAAAAAUGUAUCGAGGUGGAAAGAUUUGCUUAUCCGAUCAUUUCAAGCCUUUAUGGGGAAAAAAUGUUCCAAAGUUUGGAAUCGCUCAUGCGAUGGCUUUAGGGCUUGGUCCAUGGUUAGCCGUUGAGAUUCCUGAUUUAAUUGCUCGUGGAGUAGUGGUCCAUAAAGAAAAUCAGUCCUCCAGCCAAUCCAAUGCCGAGAAUUAGUUAAAGCCAUAAACUUCUUAAAUCAUCAGCUAUAAUGCACUCUCAAUCCUGGUUUAAUAUGAAUCAAAAAUUUCAUAAAAAUAUUAAAAAAUGA